AUUGCGCCAACUUCAGGGAAAGUCUCGACUGAGUUCUCUUAGUUCAGAAGUAGCUGUAAACAGGUAACAUCUGCAGUUUUUGACAGACAUGUUUGAAUAUUUUGUUGCCAUUACAGAUGUAAUGAAACUUUUGUCUUACAAGAGUUUCCUAUAUUUAUAGAUUUCACGAUAAUAGCGAAAGUAUGAUAAGUGAAGAAUUGAAAUCGAAAAAUGUUUUUCUCUAUUAUGAUGAUCCAUCCGUGUUUGUUUCCCCUCAGUGGCCUUUACCUUACACUAUGUUUCUGCUGUGGCGUCUUUUAUGGGCAAUUUGGAAUUCCGCCUGGAUGUGUGUCAGCAUUAGAAAUGAAAUAGCCUUUGGCAGCGGAGAGAAGUGGUUGAUCUACCUGACAAACAUCGCUUAUCUUCUGCUUGUUAUACACAGCGUUUGGUUCUUUUUGGUUGUACUUUUUCACAAGGGCAAAACGCCUGACGCGACUCGAUGGUACCAUUGCAGUCUUUGGUUGUUGAACACAGUGGCUUUUGAUACCGCUCUAAUGGUCACUUUACUCUACUGGUCAUUAGAAUAUAAAGGGAUAUUACGUGUCCAGUCCUUCAUGACCCACACAAUCAACAGUGUGUAUGUCCUGCUCGAUCUGGCCAUCACCUCGAUACCUGUACGACUACUGCAUGUCCUGUACACUUUGAUUCUGUCCCUUGUCUACUUGAUAUUUACAGUCAUUUAUCACUUGAUGGGAGGAACUAACUCCGAAGGGGAACCUUACAUUUACAGAGCCCUGAACUGGAAAAACACAAAUAAGUCGCUGGUGAUUUCCUCGAUGGUGCUGUGUGCUGGUGUCCCGCUCGUUCAUCUGUUCCAGUUCGCCUGCUACAGCCUUCGUGCCUAUAGCAGCAGAAUGAUCUACGACACUGUCAAGGUCAAUGUCAAGGAUGAGCCAGUCCAGAUCGUUGUCGAGACUCAACCCAGGGCACAUUGAAAAUAAAAUUCACAAUAAAAUGCUUUUUUUUUUGCUCAUCAGUGGUGUGCUGCUGAUUCCAACCCGCACUAAAGAGUUACAUUAUUAAAUCAACUGACUCUGCACCUAUCAAUCCAAA